AUGGCGUUUUCACGUCUGCCCUCCGCAGACUUCUCUAUCAUCAUCAAGUGCAGGUGGGCCCGGCAGAAGCGGCAGGAGUCUGAGGCCCCGGGAGAGACGCGACGGAGGCCCCGGGAGAGACUCGGCGGAGGCCCCGGGAGAGACGCGGCGGAGGCCCCGGGAGAGACUCGGCGGAGGCCCCGGGAGAGACGCGGCGGAGGCCCCGGGAGAGACGCGGCGGAGGCCCCGGGAGAGACUCGGCGGAGGCCCCGGGAGAGACGCGGCGGAGGCCCCGGGAGACUCACGGUGGAGGCGAACCCCCUCCCCAGAGAUUGA